AUGGCUAAUCCAACUGGAUCCCUCUAUACUACAUUCUUUAUCCCGGUAGGGGGAACUCCGAGUCGCGCGGUAAUUCGUGAGUAUAGCGUGUCUGGUCCUGAAGGUUACAACGGUAGGACCUCAUUCAUUCAUGAAAAUGUCGUAUUUCUUACCCCCAUCUUGAACCUUAAAGCGCUAAGGAAUAGAUGGAAUGGAGCUUCUCGCGUGAAUGAUCCCACACCAGAAGCCGAAAGCGAAAUAACAGCGGUGGUUGUCCCCGACUUCCACAAUUCAGAUGCUAUGCAAAACCAAGAGCCUACUACUCUCUCGCAAGAACAACCGACAUCACAACAGAUGUUUCACGAAAGAGCACUUAUCAUUAUGCAGCAUAGAUGGGAACAGGUUAAUUUGCUAUUUCACACAAAGCGCUCGCCAUUUCCUCAAGAAUUUUCCGCUUUAAACAUACAUGAUGCGCGAGUACGCCAAGACCUCUUAAGAGUGUUGGGAAAUGACCUAUAUGAGAUUUUUUCUUGUAAAGCGAAUAUAUACCUCACAGCAGCAGAUGGUAGUGCCAGCGCCAUCCACAACCAAGUUACGAUGUUUUUACCAGUGUUCUGGUCGUCAGUGUCCACAUCUUUGCCAAACCGCCUCACCUGGGACGACAUCCUUGCAAUCGAGGUUGCGUCGCUCGUGCGAGGGACACCCUACACUCAAUUUGUCCUCACGCCAAGUGGCAAAUUACUAAGGUUUUUUGACCCCUCAGUUGCUUAUUUCUACUUCUGCCGUUGGACUCGGACCUCCCUAUUUCCUCCUGAACUCACCCUCAGAAAUAUGCCUAUUCCUCCGGAGAGGCCACCCAACUUUUUCGACCUGCAUUUAGGUUGGAACCCAGUCACCGGGGAACACGACCUUUUCCCGACAGAUAGCGAAAUGUCGGCGUUAUUCUAUGAGAUUUUGAAAUACCUCAGCGACACAAGCUUCUAUUUAUUGCUUAGUCUCAAUCUUGGUUAUUAUUGUCAAAUGUGGAACACUACACCUCCGCAAUGUUUCGGCAACGAUGACGGUGUCGAUACACCCAAUGAUCAACCCUCAUUCUGA